UUUAAGGCAGCACUUCCAACAAGAAGAAGAUGAGGACAUGUUUGAGGCAGCACUUCCAACAAGAAGAAGAUGAGGACAUGUUUGAGGCAGCACUUCCAACAAGAAGAAGAUGAGGACAUGUUUGAGGCAGCACUUCCAACAAGAAGAAGAAGAUGAGGACAUGUUUGAGGCAGCACUUCCAACAAGAAGAAGAUGAGGACAUGUUUGAGGCAGCACUUCCAACAAGAAGAAGAUGAGGACAUGUUUGAGGCAGCACUUCCAACAAGAAGAAGAUGAGGACAUGUUUGAGGCAGCACUUCCAACAAGAAGAAGAUGAGGACAUGUUUGAGGCAGCACUUCCAACAAGAAGAAGAUGAGGACAUGUUUGAGGCAGCACUUCCAACAAGAAGAAGAAGAUGAGGACAUGUUUGAGGCAGCACUUCCAACAAGAAGAAGGACUAGAAGUGACGUCAUACCUGAGUGGAAAAAGUUUGGACACCCCUGCCAUAUGGUCUCCACAUCAAAGGUCCAUUUCCCUACGAAGACCAUGCAUCCUGCCCAUCAACCAAUGGCCUCAGCAGCCAAGUUUGAUCACUCUAUGGAGGCUGUACACCCCUCCCAUCCCCACACCGCUGGCCCAUCACCAAAUGUCCACACCUAUGGUCCUUCACCCGGCGUACACAAUAGCUUGCUACCUGAAUCCACCUGAGAAUAAAAAGGCAGCUUUCCUGGCACCAGACAGGAGAGAUGCAGGCAACCCAUCUAUUGAGGACACUAUCUGUUAUCAACCACAGGCAGAAAAAUCAUGGACGCCAUGUGAUGGAUGUAGGGAGGAGUUGGAAAAAAUGUGGGCAGAAAAAGAAGGAAUUGAAGAAGUCCUCUUGAAAAUAGAUCCGGUCCAAGUCAGAGUACUUCAAACUCUCUGCGACUUGGUUGGAGACAAAUACAGCGACGGCCCUCCUCAACAAUCGGGCCAGCAAGAGCUCUUUCCUGAGAGCGGCGUAUUCAUAUCAUUGUUCCGCCUUGCUGCCAUGAGACAUGCUGCAGAGCCCAAAUGUAUGCCUUUAUUUGGACCUCUUUUUUCUACAGUAGAGGAGUGUCAAAAUGCUGUCCCUUUUUGACGCCCUGGAAACAAACCUGCAGGAACACCAAAGCGCAUCCUUAAGCGGAAAAAAGUGGAAGGAAUCCUUAGUAAGUUUUCCCAAACAGAGGGUGUUUUCAGGCCAAAAUUGGGUCACAAUAAUGAAAUAGAAGUUCAAUAUGAGAAAUGUUGAUCCCUUUUCGAUUACAGCAGACUGGAAGCAUAACUGAAUGUUACAUCAUUACAAUUUGUUAUCCACUCAAAACUAGCGUUAUGAUGAGCAAUAUAGUCUGAUGUCCAUCAACUUGAAGUGUGGUUGUGUGUAUUAAUGGUUUUGCGUAAAUGAAGGCUUUAAAGGGCAAUAAAAAAGCAUUAAAUGAGGCAUUUAAAAAAGGGAAUAUGAUUGUAGGACAUGGCGGACAGUCAAUAUGUCAAACGGUAAAGGAAAAUGAACUUAAGAAGGUUACAGUCGUUUCUUUUUUGAACUGCAUACAAGAGGUAUUGUAAGGUGGGAACACGACAAAAGCACUGCUUCAAUCAAGCAAAAUGAAACAUAAACUUUUCCAUUCUUUGGUCACUGUAGGCGUGUAGUCCUUAACUGUGACACCAUGUCAGGAUAAUGGAGAAGCUGAGCCGACACGGAGUCGUUUAUUUCAAUCAUCUCCACUUCAACACAUAUGAGCUAACUUGCCUAACAUUAGCAACUGUUGUGACGCAAUUCCCUCAAGUGAUCUACGCUAGCCUAGGAUGGACAAAAGAGGCCAUUUUCACAGCAGACCACAACUAUUUCAUUCUCUGACAUUCCCACAAUAAAUGAAUACAAGUUCCUUCAGCUGCCGGACACUUGAUACAUACUUGCUGUUUACUGUAAACAUUUGAAACAACAGAGAGGGUGUAAAUACAAGAAAUGCAAUAUGUUUCAUUGCUAUAGCUUUUUUCAAAUGCAUUUGAUUGGCAUUUUUACCAAUAUUAUUCUGUAUUUUUCUCAAAUGUUUAAAUCCAUCAUCCAUUUCCAAACACAUGCAUCAUUUGCAAUCCUAGUAUGAUGUUCAUUUAUUUUUCCAUAAAACCUUUGAACUAUUUGAAAACAAAUUGUAUCCUGAUUAAAAAUGCUUUGUGGCUGUUAUAA